AUGCCUCCGUCAAAGCGAAACAGAGUCGUCCCGACGUCAAAGGUGCGGAAAAACAGGAAAGAGCAGGUCCGCCGGCUCGCCGCAAAUGUUCAAGAUGCCGCAGAAAAGUACUCGUACAUCUGGGUGUUUGACGUACAAAACACCCGCAACAAUUUUCUCAAACAGGUCAGAGCGGAAUUCAGUGACUCAAGGAUAAUGAUGGGAAAGAACAAAGUCUUGAUGGUGGGACUAGGGCAGACGGAAGAAACCGAAUGCGUACCCGGGGUCAGUGCAUUGGCGCCGUAUGUGAAAGGCGAAGUCGGCCUUCUCUUCACAAACCAGAAACCUACAGACAUCGAAGAAUAUUUUGCAGACUGGCUGAACCAGGACUUUGCUCGCAGUGGCAGCGUCGCGACUCGGGACGUCAGGAUACCACCGGGAGAAAUUCAUACGCAGUACGGCGUCGAAGGCGGCGAGGAUGAUCCGUUGCCGGUCCAGAUUGAACCAACCCUUCGAAAACUCGGCAUUCCGACUCGCCUCGUCAAGGGGCAGGUGGUGCUAGAAGAACAUCCGGAAGGGUCAAUGGACGAAGAAGAGGGAUAUCUUGUCUGCAAGGAAGGGGACACGCUCGACUCACGGCAGACCUCCAUCUUGAAAAUUCUGGGUGUGCGCAUGUCCGAAUUCAGGAUUGGGCUAAGGGCUGUAUUUGACAAGAACACGUCGACGGUACGGGAGGUCAGUGCAAUGGACGUUGACGACACCAAUGUUUCGUGA